AUGUUUUUUACUAAUAUAUACAUUGUUAUACCAAUUUUGGUGGGACUUCGACCACUGGGGAUAGCUGUGUAUAAAUUAUUUUGUUUUAUAAAGAUACUAAAGCUUUCUAUUCCAAGGGGUGAGUGUAGUAGUCAAAUGAUACGACCAGUAACUCUAAUAUUACGUUUGUUGGUUAAUUUGUCUUUUGCUUACCUAGUGACUUUGACUUUGGCUAGUCAGUUUGUUGAAAGUCUGUUUGUUGGAAACAUUUCUUCGGGGAGUAUAUUCAUGUGUUUUUUAUUAACAUAUGUUACACACGUGAUGUUGCUUUCACUAAUAAGUGAUAUGUAUCACGUGUUAAAAUUUGCUAGUGAAAAAGUGAAUAGUGUUAAUCAUUAG